GGUGGUUUCUGUCAUGGCCUCGGCUCACGAUUGAAAUUAUAAGGCGGCGUCCGAUGCCCUCAGACGAGUCACAGACGGAAAUGAAGAAUCCCGUGGGUGCUGGUGCAACUGGAAGAGCAGCCAUUUCGCUUAACGGCUUCGCCACCUCCAGCCCUCGCCCUGCUUCUACCCGCCCCCCCUUAAACCAUGGAGAUUUUUCUGGUAUCCCAGAACUUAGGAAAACUGUGCCUUGCAUGCGGAGAGGCUCUAGAAGGUUCUUUGUGACUUGGCAGUUGAGGCAAGGUUAUAACAACAAAAGGCUCUGCGAAAAAAUGACUUUCAAGUUUUCCUAAAAUCCCUUCCACCCUCCUAUGGAGCCUCAGCUGACGGCUUUGGAGGCCACGCGGCUCAGAGAGAAUAUAAGGGGCAGGCUGUAAAGUAGAGCCCCAAAUGGACCAAUCAGAGCGCAGCAUCCCAUAAUGGCACCUGGUGGGCAGCCAAUAAGAAUGCAGCCGGCUCUAUAAAAGCGGUGACAACGCUCCACGCUCUGUCACUCGAGGACAGCGAAGACAGAAGUUCGGAACGAUGGCUCGUACCAAGCAGACAGCGCGGAAGUCAACAGGCGGCAAGGCGCCGCGGAAGCAGCUCGCCACGAAGGUGGCGCGCAAGAGUGCGCCGGCCACGGGGGGCGUGAAGAAGCCGCACCGCUACCAUCCGGGCACCGUGGCGCUGCGCGAGAUCCGGCGCUACCAGAAGUCGACCGAGCUGCUGAUCCGCAAGCUGCCCUUCCAGCGCCUGGUGCGCGAGAUCGCGCAGGACUUCAAGACGGACCUGCGCUUCCAGAGCUCCGCGGUGAUGGCGCUGCAGGAGGCCUGCGAGUCCUACCUCGUGGGCCUCUUCGAGGACACCAACCUGUGCGCCAUCCACGCCAAGCGCGUCACCAUCAUGCCGAAGGACGUCCAGCUGGCUCGUCGCAUCCGCGGAGAGCGCGCUUAGGGGGCGCCGGCUCCUGAUCUCGCUCCCUCCGCUCACCAACCCAAAGGCUCUUUUCAGAGCCACCCACCGAGUCUGAAAAAGCAGUUGUGACCUAUGGGUCCCUCGGUCUCCCGUGCGGAGACCGGAAGAAGGCGUCUGGGAAGCCGAGGGCCUGCGGGGACGGGCCUGGCGGUGGACACUUGCUGUUCGGCCCUCAGUUCCACAGCGUUCUAACCUGCCUUCGCUCGGCCUGGACCUUCGCGACAAAGUUGGCAGUGGUGCUGGUACCUGGCCUUGCCGAGGGAAGGCGGGAGCCCAGCUUCCAUGAGCAGCGAAUCCACUGCCACCACUCCGGCGUGUUUGCUCGCUGUGCUGGCUGGAUACGACCUCCGUCAUACUGCGGCUGCCGGCCGAGGAAGCCGUGUCUCUCUGCCUUGUAUCUUAAGGCACACUUGCCUGCAGUUAAGACUGGCUCUUACGGUGCGUCGGAAGUUGGCCUUCUAGAGCAGAGAGUAGUUCAGUGUUUUAUUAAAGUCUACUUCCUGUUAGCUUUGCCCAUCUGUG